CUUUAGGCCGCGCUGGAGUGGGAGCGUCAAAGCAGCGUUGGACCUCCGGACGGGCGCGUGAGUGGUUCGGCCGUUCAUUCGCUGCCGGAGCUCAGACGAGUGCGAACGCGUGACGACGCCGUUUUCUUGUACUCCAACACCACCACCAUCAGUUGCCGCCGUUGUUAGUACCGGGAGGGUUUGUUUUUUUUUUGUUUUUUGUUUUGCUGUUCUGUUUUGGAAGUUACAGUGUUUUGAAGUUUCCGGCUACAGGCUAGCGUGUUUGUGUUAUUUCCUGUGCGUGUGCGUGUGUGCCUGCGUGUGUUUGUGUGCGUUUUGGUGUUUUGUUUCGUUCGAGCAAAGCCGCGCUGAAAGAGAGAGAGAGAGAGAGAAGGAGAGAGGACACACACACACAUACAGAUAGCAUCCAUCUGGGCGGGGCGCAAGCGAAAAGAAGAAAAAAAAAGGACUCACGCACCCAAAUCCCCCCCCCCCGGUGCGGGCGUAGGAGAUUUUGCCAGCUCAACCCGCAAAGGUGCAGGCGCGUAAGCGACGAACCCCCCCAGUUCCUGUCAGCAGACCUGUCACAGUAACAGCGGAGGACGACAGCGACGACGAUGCAGCACUUCAAAACGUUGACGGUGUUGCUGGUGGCGGUGCUGCUGGCCGCCCGGGCCACCCCACAGGAGGACCAGGCGAAGGCGAACCGGAACAGCCUGCUGCUGCGGCGCGGCGGCGUUGGCCGACCGCUUGGCCGCACGACACCGACCACCACCACCACGACCACCCCGUCGUCGGCGGAUUACGCUGAGGACGAGUACGCGGACAGCUACGACGAGGGCAAGGGAGAGGACGGCAGCGAGGACGGUGCGGAGGAUGGGGCGGCGUCCGGUGGCAAGCAGCCGACGACGACCACCACCACGACCGAGGCGCCCAAGAAGAUCCGGCCGAGCAUUCGCCCGUUCCGCAGCAACGACGACCUGCUGACGGCGCUCAAGAAGCGGCGCCAGGAGUCGAAGAACAACAAGCCGGCCGCCGCAGCACCGAAGGAGAAGGUGUACGAUGACGAGGACGUGCCGGCACCAGCCGCCCCGGCCAAAAGCGCGAAAGCUCCCGCAAUCGUUCCGAGCAAACGGCGGUUCGGUAGCGGUGCGGCACGGAAGGACGACCACUCGUCGGCGGACGCGGCCAACAACGAGGCGCACGAGGGUGGUAGCGACGGUGGUGCGGGCGGCAACAGCAGCAACGGUGCCAAGUCGCUGAUCGGGCGUCUUGGCCGGUCCCGGUUCGCACUGAAGCAGUGAGUGACCGCGAGUGAGUGCAGAGACAGUGAGGAGGGCGGAAUGGGCGAAGUGGUAGAGCUUCUCCCUUUCCUCUCCGAAAAAUCCGUCCCCCAUAGGACCAGCCAGCAUUUGGAGUGCGAGAGAAGCGAGCAAUCGUGAGGGCGAGUGAGACAGAAAAUGAGAAGAGACAGUGUGGAAGAGACAGAGAGAGAGAGAGAGAGAGAGAGAGAGAAUGAGCGAGAGUUAGAAAGAAACAUUUGCUUUGACAGGGAAAUCCAGCGAAGGUCGUGUCUAUCCCCUUGCAGCACUACUAACAGCACUCGAACGCGGACGCCCAGGGGACGCCGUCAACCCGGUUCGGUGUCCAAUGUGCAGUAGUAGUGGUAGUAGUAGUAGCAGUAGUACUAGUAGGCCAACGUCACAACUUCCACAAACCCUGCCAAUUAGCUCGCCGUUUACGUUUAGCUAUUUGUUAUAUGUAGUAAAACAACAACAAAAAACAAAAACAAAACACCUACACACACACACACAUACACUCACACACAAAUACAUACAAAACACACAUUUUAUUACUCGUUGGAGCAAAUAAAAUGCGCGCGGCAAAGGCGCGCCGUUUUCCCGUGAA